CCAAGAAUCUCACAGACAAACCUGUUCCAAAUUUCACAAGUCACAAUCUUUUUCACCUUUCUACAGGGUCAACAUCAACACAUCUCCACAAUUAUUCAAUUUUUUUUUCUUUUGCUAUAUUUUCCAAGAUGCUAAGUGAUCAAAACUGUUUUUCGGAGUUGAAGCGCGAUCUCUACGAGAGCUGGCUAAUCGUGUUCAUUGGGAUGUUCGUGCGGUGGAAUCAGUGGCGUCUGUUGACCAAUGAGCCCGAAUUUGGUUGGGUGCUCGAUUUCAAGGAUGGCGCCGUUUCCACGGACGAUGAUCAACGCUGGAAGGACCUGUACUUCGGCUGUGGCGUUCUGAUGGCCAUCCUGCAGUACAGACCACUGUAUGUCCGGCGAUGUCGUCAUCACGUCAACCUGCUGAUGCUUCUGGCGGAGACAUGGCUGCUGCUCCAGCUGGUCGAGUAUCUGGAUAGCCGGCUAUGGCUGCCCUUUCUGGGCAUUAUUCGCGAAAUGCUUUUGGCCCUGGGACGAGCCGAAUGGGGCUCCUGGCUCGUCGCCCACCUUCCGGCAGUUUGCAUCAACUGGCUCCUGAGCGGCAAAGCCUUCAAUUCCUUUCACUUGAUCUCAUCGUUUGUCAUCUUUAUCGCCGCCGUCAACUCGUCACUCAAAUACUGGCAAAAGACGGUGAACUUCCUGCUGCUCGGCUGCCUUCCGGAAACUCCAGCCCUGGGUCUAUUCCUCUAUGAGGCACGGCAGCAGAGGUAUAUCUCGCGGAGGACGAAUGGUCUGCCACCGGAUCCAACGCCCGAUGCUAUGAUAGCCAAGCGCAUGUGCCAGGCCUGUCAACGCGAUAUAAAUUAUGCGAUGUGGGCUCAGCAAUUAGCCAACCAACAAGAUCCUUUUCGCAACCUAACAACCUGACAUUCUGAACACCCAUCGACCAUCGAAGAGGACUCCCAAAGACUGUAUGAAAACUUUAAAGACUUCCAAAGAAAAACAUCCGUAUCAAACUUGAAGAAAAAUCCAGCUUUUUCACUUAAAUGUGAUGGCCUAUAUAUUUAAUUAUCAAAUGAUCUCAUUAACUUGUGACACUAAUAUUAUUAUAAAUCAAAAUUGUCUUGGGACGUUCCAAAA